AUCAAGAUCAGAUGCCCCAACAUCUUCGAACGGAUAAGUCAAGCCAGAGUGAGGGAGGGGGAGGGAAUUCAAUUUUUCCAAAUGGCCACUUUAUCAAUUCCCCCCUCUCAAAAUGGUUUCUCUCGCAGCUUCUUCUCUACAAAACGCCCACAAAUUGUAUACCCUUUUCCCCAUUCGCUCCCCCGUAUCACCUGCUCUGCUACCAGGGAUGGGGCAAAACCAAGAGAGAAUUUGUCACCCUGCAAGCAUAUUAGUACCGUAGCUUGUGGACUUCUUGCUGUUUGGGCUUUGACAAAUACCUCUCCUGUCAUUGCAGCUAAUCAGAGGCUGCCUCCACUGUCUACAGAACCCAACCGAUGUGAGCGUGCUUUUGUUGGCAAUACUAUAGGUCAAGCAAAUGGUGUCUAUGAUAAGCCAAUUGAUCUUCGUUUCUGUGACUACACAAAUGAAAAAAACCAGUUAAAAGGGAAAUCUCUUGCUGCUGCAUUGAUGUCAGAUGCAAAGUUCGAUGGUGCAGACCUCUCUGAAGUGGUAAUGUCAAAAGCUUAUGCUGUUGGAGCCAGCUUCAAGGGUGUUGAUUUCUCAAAUGCAGUUCUAGACAGGGUAAAUUUUGGGAAAGCCAAUCUCCAAGGAGCUUUGUUCAAGAACACUGUGCUUUCGGGGUCAACAUUUGAUGACGCUCAAUUGCAAGAUGCAGUUUUUGAGGACACAAUCAUAGGCUACAUUGAUCUUCAGAAACUUUGUGUAAAUCCAACUAUUAGUCCUGAAGGAAGAGCUGAAUUGGGAUGUCGAUGAUUUCCAUAUAUAGCUUCGGUACUUUCACUAUUUGUAUUGUAUAAUAAACAACUUGAUUGUUUUCAGUUUUGGUAAGUAAUAUAUAUACAAAUAAAAAGUGAACUCCCUCUUACUCCUA